AGCAACCCCUGCUCUGGAGGAAGCAGGAGGAGCGCAUGUUCUCCCUCCUCGAGGAAGCAUAACGCUCAGCAGAGCUCAGGAAGAGAGGAGUGAGGGAUGUGGCCUUGUAUUUUGUCUCUGCUGGCCUGGAAAACAGUGCACCAAGGGAUGCUCUUACAAUGGUGCAAAACACACCAGUGACAAAGCCUUCAAGGAGACUUCUGUGCCCUGGCUAGUUUCCACAGUGCCGCUUCUGUCCUGCCCUGUACUGUGACACAGUGGGAGGCCACCACACUGCUACAGUCUACCUCAAGCGCCAGGGCUGACCUCAGCCAUUAAUGCCAGUAUUUCCACCUCAAAAUUUGCCUUCCUUGUGCAGUUUGCAAUAGCGUUUUUUAAGCAGUUUUGCAUAAAAACAGUAGAUGGAUGAAUUUUCUGUUGUUCUUCGGUUGUAUUUUUUAAUACGACUUGAAUACAUCACCACCAUCAGGGACAAGGCCGGGUGCCACGCACAGCAGCAGGGCCAUGGGGGACCCUGUGACUCGACACGUCUCAGCCGUGCCAUUAUAGCCACCACGUCCGUCGUCCCCCUCGUCCCUCCCGCUGGGCUGUGGCUGAAGGCGAGCGAGCCGCCGCAGCGGGGGACAGCACCACCGAGGAGGCCAUUUUGCAGCCGCUGAGGGGGGAAGAGGCAGAGAGAGCAGGCGGCGGGCGCAGCCAGGCGGGACCCGGCCCCCCGCGGCAGCAGCUCCGGCGGCUAUUCCCUCCUUGGCGGCGGCUGGCGGCGGCGAGUGGAAAUGAGCAGAUCGGCAGCGCUUCUCCUCUGCCUGCUGGGCUGCAACGUGUGGAAGGCGGUGACCAAAACCUUAGGGGUGCCUGAGGCGGCUCAAGAAGUAACGCUGAAGGUCCAUGUAAGCGAUGCCAGCACACAUCAGCCAGUAACUGAAGCCUUCAUUGAGAUUUUUACCAACCAGAUCUCCAUUGCAUCUGGAACCUCAGGAGCAGACGGCACUGCCUUCCUCAAGUUUCAGUAUAAGCUGGGCAAUCAGCUGAUAGUGACUGCUAGUAAACAUGCAUAUGUGCCAAAUUCUGCACCGUGGAAACCUGUAAGAUUGCCUGUGUUCUCUUCACUGAGUCUCGGCCUUCUUCCUGAACGCUCAGCUACUCUCAUGGUCUAUGAUGAUGUAGUCCAGAUAGUCUCAGGAUUUCAAGGUGCACGGACUCAGCCACAAGUUCACUUUCAGAGAAGAUCUGUGAAAUUACCUGAGAACACUAGCUACAGCGAUUUGACAGCAUAUCUGACUGCAGCCAGUUCACCCUGGGAAGUGGACAGUUUUCCUUAUUUGCAGGGAUUAGAUGGAAAUGGAACAGGAAACAGCACUAGGUAUGACCUCACCCCUGUCACUGCAGUCAGCGUUCAUCUCCUCAACAGCGAUGGGACUCCAAUCCCUGUGAAUGGCCCCAUCUAUGUAACAGUGCCUCUGCCAACAAACAGCAACCUGAAGCACAAUGCGCACGUUCCAGCGUGGAGGUUUGACCAAAAAUUUGGGACAUGGCUGAAGAGUAGUUUGGGCCUUGUACAAGAAGAAGGAAAUCAGUUGACUUGGACUUACAUUGCACCUCAGCUGGGCUACUGGGUUGCAGCUAUGUCACCUACUGUGCCAGGUCCUGUUGUAACUCACGACAUUACCAGCUAUCACACAAUGUUUCUUUUGGCAAUUUUAGGAGGGAUGGCUCUCAUACUUCUAGUCUUGCUGUGUCUGCUUUUGUAUUAUUGCAGAAGAAAAUGUUUAAGACCACGUCAGCAUCAUAAGAAACUGCAGCUUUCAACAGCACUGGACACUUCUAAAAAGGAUCAAGCAACCUCGAUGUCCCAUAUAAAUUUAAUCUUUUCACGUCGUGAGUCAGAAUUUCCUGGCGGAUUGUCCGUUGCUAGCAAUGGGCACACUGAAAACUCAGGUGCAAAGGAAUUAAUCAGUGCUGUCCAAAUGGAGAUGGCAUCACCUAGUGGAGAAGCAGAUAUGCAUACGCCUAUGCUCAAACACUCAUUCAGCACUUCUCAGGAGUUUAGCUCACGAGAGGAACUGCUCUCUGAAAAGGUGAAAGACAAGAGCAGAAUUUCCUUGGAUGACCUGACUCCCAGUGGGUCUCUAAGGAAAGACUAUCACAAGUCAGCAGAUAGUUUUCCUUUAAAGACAAGAAAAUCUACAGAAACAGCUGAAGGCUAUGAGUCCCCUAUCAAAGAUGAGUAUAGGAGGAGUUACAAUGCUAUGCUGUCUCAGCCUUUAUUUGAAAAGCAAGAGAGAGAAAUUCAAGUAUCUAUGAAUCAUAUUGCUACUGGAAGUAAAUAUAAUAUUCAGGAACAAAUAUACCCCACACCUUCAGCCCCUGAAAAAGAGCUGCUGGACUGCAGACCUACUGAUUGUAUGAUGUCUCGUUCAGUUGAUCACCUUGAAAGACCUACAUCUUUCCCUCGACCAGGUCAGUUAAUCUGCUGCAAUUCUGUUGACCAAGUCAAUGACAGUGUUUACAGAAAAGUUUUGCCUGCACUGGUCAUCCCAGGUCAUUACAUGAAAUUGCCAGGAGAGCAUCCUUUUGUUAGCCAGCCACUGGUUGUCCCAGCUGACCAGCAGAUUGAUAUAGAAAGACUUCAGGCUGAGCUUCCUAACCCUCAUGCACGGCUUUUUCCACACCCCCCACAACAGCUGCAACCCCAGCAGUUAGCAUCCCAAGCAAUAUCUCAGCAACAUUUGCAAGAUGCAGGUGCAGCUGAGUGGAGUCAACAAAAUGCUUCCAUGUCUGAAUCUAUUUCCAUUCCUGCCUCACUCAACGAUGCAUCCCUGGCUCAAAUGAAUAGCGAAGUGCAGCUUCUUACAGAAAAGGCUUUGAUGGAAUUAGGAGGUGGAAAGCCAUUGCCUCAUCCUCGAGCAUGGUUUGUUUCUCUAGAUGGACGUUCAAAUGCUCAUGUUAGACAUUCAUACAUCGAUCUCCAAAGAGCUGGUAGGAAUGGGAGUAAUGAUGCCAGUUUGGACUCUGGUGUUGACAUGAAUGAACCAAAAUCUGUCCGAAAGGGAAGAGGAGAUCAUCUGUCUGCACCACAGAGUCACCCACCAGUGCAAGAGCACCAGCAGAGAGAGCGGAAGGUUUCAGACAGCACAGCUUACACACAACUUGUGUACUUGGAUGAUAUGGACCAAAGUGGCAGUGAGUGUGGAACAGCGGUUUGUAGCCCUGAGGACAAUGCUCUACGAUGCCUGCUAGAAGGCACGAGUAAGAGAAGUGGUGUGCAGCUGCCCAGCCUGCAGGAGGAAACGAGAACUGUGGAUACCAAACCAGAGCCAUUAACUAGUCCUGAACAUGGAACAUCAGUUCAAGAUGAGGAGGAGGAUGAGGAGGAUGAGGAAGAUGACCAAGGUGAAGAUAAGAAGAGUCCUUGGCAGAAGCGAGAGGAACGACCACUAAUGACUUUCAAUCUGAAGUGAGCUAUUGUGAAAAUCCACCAUUCAGUGGAGUAUAAAAUUGCCAAAUAUUCUUUCUGUGGAAGUGCUUGAUUUUUUUUUUUUCCUUUCUUGUUUUUUGUUUUGUUGUGGAGAGAAAAGAGAAAAACAAACUGUGGUGAGCAACAUUUGAAAGAACUUAAAUGCAUUACUGUGUAAAUGUUAGAAAAGAAUUAAAAUCAUUCCUCUGAUUUAACAGCUGCCUCCAGUGAGAUAGCUGAACAAAGAGUGUGAUUAUUAUUCCAUAUACUUGAUAUUGGUCAUCCAGGAUGUUGAAAAUACUGACAAGUUGUUUUGGUUGGUUUAUGACCUCAAUCUCCUUAUGAAUGGGAGCUGGUAAAGCUUUUUUUUGUAGGCCAAUUUUAUGUUGAUAAUGCUACUGAAAGUAUCUUAAAAACAAGAAUUUGACACAUGGUGUCCAAAAUUGUGCAUUAUCUCUAUGAAAGGCUAUGCAUUGCUGCUUUUAGUAAUAUUUUGCUUAUACUGUGCUUUUUCUUAAUUUUACAAGUUGGUUGUAAACAUUUUAUGUCCUUUAUUAUAAACUACUCAGCAAUUUAUUUUAAUGUAAAACUGCAGGAAACUUGAGUAGCAUCCCUUAGCAUUGAAGCCUUUUUAUGAAACCAAACUGAACUUUGUGUCGACUAAGAUUCCUCCAAUUCUGGUCCCAUUUACUCAAAGUGCCUUUUUUACAGUAACAAUGAACAGUCCCUUCUUUUGCUAACUCCUUUUAAUUGACCCCAUUUGAGAUUUUAUAAAUUUCUGAACUUCUACCUUUUAUUUUAAGCUGCAUGCCAAGAGUCCCAUUUUGUGCUGAGCAUUUCUCAUUUCAAUACAGUGUAUUCUGUAGCUAUCAUGUAUAUUGUGAAUUCUGUUUAGCCAGGAUAGACUUAGAAGUCAUUUUAAAGGGCCCAGAGUAGACAAGAAGAUAGUUUCAUUGACUGUAUAUAUUGUUAGUUUCCUCUGGAAUCAUAUGAGCUAAUCAUGCUCAUAUAAAAUGGACUAUAGACCGAGCAAGUGGGCUGAAUGUGUCUAGAAAAAUUUUGGGAAAGAAAAAACAAAUAAUAAUGUACUAUCCAAAAGUGCCAGAAUGACUCUUCUGUGCUUUCUCCAUACAGAGCUGCUUGGUUAUCCAAAAAUUAUAAUUGAAAAUAAACUGCAAAACAUA